UUCGAAAUGAGUGAAGUCGUGAUGCAAUCAUCUUUGAAUGGAUUUGUGUCGGUCAAAGGAAUACCAGAAGAAUUUGUUUUCAAACAAGCACCUUCAACUUCAAGUUCAACACACUCACCAGCACAGGGCCAUCUCUCAAUGUCCUCAUCUGUACUUUCAGCUGAACUUCACAAUCAAAAAUUACAAUCAAACAAUUCAAUAUCUCUGCAGUCAUUGGAGCCAUUGCUUAAAUGCAAUUGGAAUUCAGAUAUACUGGCUGAAAACUGGGCAUUUUUGUUUGAAGAGCUUCAGGAAAUUGGCUGGGAUCGAAUUGAAGAAUUAUCAGCAGACUUAAGCUACCUUACAAUUCAUUCAACAUGUGGCCAGCAUAUUAUGCAAGGCAUUAUUCCUAGUGCAUAUCCUGAAGCUCCAGUGCGAAUUGAAACAUAUCUUCCAAUUCCUUUUACUAAAUUGGCAAAGAAAUUAAAGGAGUGUGUUGAAGCAUGGGAUGUGCAGUUAGAGCAGCUGCGGCCCUUCUUCUGCUAUAUGCAGGAGUUAGACAACACUGCAUUGAUUCUUGAUCCUCAGACACCUCAGCCCCAACAUAUUCACCGCCGUCUUCUUCUUGAAAACCAAGUAUUUUUGGAGGUGACAGUAUCACCAACAUCUUCACACUCUCCUCCACAUUGUCGCUUCAUUGGACCUUCCAACCUUUGCGCUGUUAUGUCAUCACGCCUAUCCCAGCUCUACCAAGGAUGGGACAGCUCCAGAAACUUGCUUGAGAACAUCGAGCUCCUGCUGGAGGAGCGCGUCAGGCGACGUGGCUCUGAAACUUUAAACGCACCUCAGUUAAGUUCGACCGUGUCUGACGCGGUCGAGUGCGUGGUGUGCUACAGCUUCCACUCCGACACCGGCGAGCUGCCCGACCUGGUGUGUGAUCACUGCCUCCAGGCCAUGCAUCACUCCUGCGUCUACAUGUGGCUGAAGGGACUCGCUAGCAGCCGGCAUAGCAUGCAGCUAAUGUGUGGCGACUGUCCCUACUGUACCAAACCGAUCUCGUGUAGAGUACCCGUCUGACUACAAGACUUCACAGGGAGAUAAAAGCUAAUUUGAACACUUUGUUUGGUUUCUUUAUUGAAGGUAAAAUAGAUGAGAAAAGAAUUCGAGUUAUAAUCAUUGUUCAGAUUUUGGUUUUUACAAGAAUUAGAACUCUAAGGCGCACACCAUUUUGUAAUCAGAAAAUAAGUUGACAGCUUAUGCCAAGGUAUGAACAAGGUGCCAAGUGUUACCAAAGUAAGCAGGGCCAAGUAUUUCCAUUUAAUGGAGAUACUUUCACAUAUCUAUUAUAAGAUCACAAUAAUUAUCUGUAAACACUCAUCUUGAAAAUUUAAGUACCCAAUUACAAUAAAAAGUAAUUAAAUAAAUUCAAUUGAAUUUAACAAUUUUGCAUAAAGUCCCGCAACGCUUAAUUAAUCAGAAAUGGCUACCUUUUAUUGUUGAUAACCAAUUUUAUUGUCUUCGUAGAUUUGACUGUAUUUUAAUGUUGCUUUGUGGAUUUUUUGCUUAUUUAUGCUAACAAUUAAAGCGCGUCACUCGUAUCGAAAUUUCUUCUGCAAUAAUGGACUUGUUUUGUUAAAAUAAAAUUGAAAAUACAGUAAUUACAUUUGGUCGUGCAUGAUAGGGAGAUAUUUUCCAUUACUAUCACAUGUUUUCCUGUAAAAAAUUGAAGGAUUAGCUAGUUACUAGAGAUCUAGAGAGCAUAUUAAAGUUAUUAAUAAAAAUCACAUUUAGCACUCGAUUCCUUCUGAGAAUGUAUAUCACUAACUACUCGCGUGAAAGAGUGCAAAUGAGCAAAAUCAUUUUACCAGACAAUCCAUCAUAUAAAUGACUGAUUUAAGCUAGAAUUAUUUUUGCUCAGCGAUGAAUUUCAAUCAUGAUUGCCAUAAAAACCUAAAUUAAUUUUCAAGCUGCGGAUAUGAGAAAACAAUUCGGAACGCGGCAUACCGCUCGUCGAUCACAUUAAAAUUGAGCUCGUUAGUGGAAGACUCUCGAUAUAAGGAUUCGUAAGCAGAGAAAAUAAACAUUCAUUUGAAACGUUCAUAAUUCCAGUUCUAUCGCCAGCUGCUAAGACCUACAAUACAAACCGAACAGCUCAAGAUGAAUUCACAGAGUAAAUAUUGAAAGAAUCAGGAUUCCAAACCUACUCAGUAAUUUCUGUUGUCAGUCGACUAUCCUUUUAGUCUAAAAAUUUUUAGCUGGCGAAGAAGGAAGACUCUGGUUAAGAGAAGAAAAGUGUUAAACAUUUCAAGUGAAGACAGGGUGAAUUUAUUUCAUUCCAUGUAA